AUGAAGGUGGACUCCUCCUUUCACAAUCACACUGGCCCACAGGAUGUGUGGUAUGUUCUGUUUGGGAUCCCAGGCCUGGAACACCUGCACGCCUGGAUUGCCAUCCCCAUCUGUUCUAUGUACAUCUUGGCUGUCAUAGGCAAUGUUCUCCUGAUCUUCCUGAUAGUGACUGAACGCAGUCUCCAUGAGCCCAUGUAUUUUUCCCUUUUCAUGCUGGCUUUAGCAGAUCUUCUGCUCUCCACAGCCACAGCCCCCAAGAUGCUGGCCAUCUUCUGGUUUCAUUCCAAGAGUAUAUCCUUUGGUAGCUUUGUCUCCCAAAUGUUCUUCUUUCAUUUCAUCUUUGUGGCAGAGUCUGCCAUUCUUCUGGCCAUGGCAUUUGACCGCUAUGUGGCCAUCUGUUAUCCACUGAGAUAUGGCAGCAUCCUCACUUCCUCAGUCAUUGGCAAGAUCGGUACAGCCGCUGUGCUCAGAAGCCUUUUCAUCUGCAGUCCCUUCAUCUUCCUGGUCCAUCGACUUCUGUAUUGUGGGAGAAAUGUAAUUCCCCAUUCAUACUGUGAGCACAUGGGCAUUGCCAGGUUGGCAUGUGACAGUAUCACUGUCAACAUCAUAUAUGGCCUGACCAUGGCCCUGCUGUCUACAGGGCUGGAUAUAAUGCUCAUCAUUAUUUCCUAUACCAUGAUCCUUCACACCGUUUUCCAGAUCCCUUCCAGAUGCAAGGAAAAGAGGGAUUGA